AUGCGUGUCAUAUUCGCUCUUCUCAUUGCAACGGGCAGCUUGGCUGUGGUGUCUUCCUUGAUCCUUGCAAGCGCCAUACCGCAACUACACAGAUGUAGCCGCCAACAAGCCGAAUUACAUAAAUGUAUAAAGCGCAGCAUAGAAUCGCUGAGGCCUUAUUUAGCCAGCGGUAUUUCAUAUCUGAAUAUACCGCCUUUUGAACCGUUACGUAAGGAGCACUACGAGUUUACUCAGCACAAUGCUGUAUUUAAUGGGACUGCGAAAUUAACGGAUUUAAUGAUGUACGGUGUAUCAAAUUUUACAAUAAGUAACGUCGAAUGUACCGUCGACGUGUAUCAGAUCAGAUUUGAAGCGCGUUUCCCAUUCAUCCAAAUAUUCGGUAUUUACGACAUAAACGCUGUAUUUAUGGGUGUACGCAUAUUAAGAAGCGGGCACAACCUACGUGCGAAUUUUACGAAUACCAUAGCCAAAGUCAACCUAGAUGGUGAAUAUUAUAGAAAAACUGAAACGAAAGAGGAACAUUUUCGAGUGAAUUACAUGGACAUACACUUCAACAUAACACAUAGCAACGUCUAUUUGAGCAAGAUAGAUCUCAACGACGUGGCAACCAAUAUCGUUAAUAAAUUUUUGAACAACAACUUACAAAUAAUGCUGGGCGAAAUAAUGCCCGUAGUUAAGAUAAUCGCGGAGGAUUUUUUCGUAACAAUCGCAAAUAACAUCUAUUGGAAUUUUCCGACGAAAUCGUUGUUCCCACAAUGA